UUCUCUGAGGCGGGAGGUGGGAGUGCUCGGCCUCUGCGGCCGGAGCCCAGCGACGAGCGCACGUCCCUCCGAGCCUGGCCGGUGACUGCCCUGUGGGAGCGUCCGUUUCCUCCUCCUCUAGAAGUGCAGUUAGAAGAGGAAGAUAAAAGACUUUUUGAUUCAUGAAGAAUCUGCUCAUUGAGAAGUGUGUAUCAAGCCACUGGUUGAAUUUUCAUCAAAAAGGAAUUAAGCGGAGAAUGGAGAGGAAGGUUGAUUCCAGGUCUUCAAGGGAUGGUGCAGUUAAGAAACCUUAUUCUCCAAAGAUAAUGUCCAAAAAGAAGUCUUCUGCCUUUUCUGGGAUCUGGAGUGAGAUACCUAGGGCCAGGCACCCUGUACAGUAUCAUCCCUCAUAUGCCUGGACCCGAAGGGGCCGGCUAAGAGAACUGCGCAUCAGAUGCAUGGCCAGAAAGUUCUUGUAUUUGUGGAUUCGAAUGACUUUUGGAAGAGUAUUUCCCUCUAAAGCCAGGUUUUACUAUGAGCAAAGAAUUCUGCAGAAGGUCUUUGAAGAAUGGAAAGAAGAGUGGUGGGUUUCCCAUCGAGAGUGGAAACUCCGUGUUCGAGCUGACUGUCACUAUAGAUAUUACUUGUACAACCUGAUGUUCCAGACCUGGAAGACCUACAUGCAUCAGCAGUGGGAGAUGAGGAACAGGUACCUGAGAGCCGAGGAUCAUGAUGCAAAACAAAAGAUGCGACAGGCGUGGAAGUCCUGGUUGAUCUACGUGGUUUUUCGUAGGACCAAACUUCGGAUGCAGGCCACCGCCCUGGAGUUUAGACAGCGGAGUAUUUUGUGGAUGUGGUGGAGCACGUGGAGACGGCAACUGGGACAGGUCCACCUGGGCCGUGCCCUCCAUGCCUCGGCUGUGAAGCACAGGGCCCGGAGCCUCCAGCUGCAGGCUUGGUCACGGUGGCAGGAACAGCUUCUGCAUGUCUGGAGGGAGAGGCGGAAGAUGGUCUCCGCAGUGAAACACCAUCAGCGCUGGCAACAGUGGAGAGCCCUGAGGGCCUGGCUGGAGUACCUGCAGGUGCGCAGAGAGAAGAGGCAGCGGAAAGAGAUGGCUGAGGAAUUCCACUGCGUCAUUGUGCUCCAGACACACUUCUGUGAUUGGCGGUGGGCGUGGAAGCGGAGGGAGAGCUUGUACGUCCACCACAAUCGGGUAGAGGGGCUGGCCAGGAGGAUGAUGCUGCGGAGGGCCUUUAUUCACUGGAAACACUACGUGCUGCUGUGCGCAGAGGCAGCUGUGCGGCGGAAGGUGGCAGAAGAGCACCACAGGCGAGGCUUGCUGCAUUUUUGCUUUAGAGCCCUAAAAGACAAUGUGGCCCGUGCCCAUCUCCAACGAAUAAGAAGGAAUCUUGCUCACCAGCAACAUGAUGUCACGCUACUGCACAAGUUCUGGAACCUCUGGCAGUCUCAGAUUGAACAGAGGGAGGAAAGUGAGCAGCUCCCCUUCCUGUGUGCUGCCUGGGACCACUACAGAAUAACAUUGCUACGCAAGUGUUUCAAAUUGUGGUUACAGUAUACUCAGAAGAGGCGAUCCCAGCAGCUGUUGCAGGCCAGAGCAGACAGUCACUUUCAGCGGAGAGCCCUCCCUGGAGCCUUCCAGGCAUGGAGAAGGCUCUGGCAGUGGCACCAGCAGGAGAGAGUCCUCUAUGCCAGAGCAGCACGCUUUCACAGGGUGAUGUUAGAGAAGCAGUUGUUUGCACUUUGGUGUCAGAAGAUAUCUCAGCAUCGAGAGUACCGCUUGGCAGAGAGAAUGGCCAUACUCCACGCAGAGCGGCAGUUUCUGCGGAGGUCCUGGUCCACGUGGUGCCAGCAAGCAGCAGCACAUCGCCUGGAGUGGCAGCGACAAGCAGUGGCCUGUGCCCACCACCGCCUCAGGUGGCUCAGGAAGGCCUUCUGUAUCUGGAGAGAGAGUGCCCGAGGGCUCAGAACAGAGAGGACGGGCAGGGCACAGGCUGCACGGUUCCACGCAGCACAGCUCCUGUGUUGGGCCUGGAGCAGGUGGAGGAAGCGCCUUGCCCUGCACAGUGCCGAGCAGCAGAAGCUGAUGCGAGCCGACCUGCAUCGCCAGCACACCUUGCUGUACAGGGCGCUGCAGACCUGGGGGGUUUACCAGAGCCGGGUGCGGAGCGUCCUUCAGGAGGCGGCAGCCAGGGAGAGCUGGCACGAGAGGCGGCUGCUGCGGAGUGCAUUACGUCGCUGGAGAGAGAAUGCCGUGGCCCAGGCAGACGAAGCAAAGAAAGCCUCUCGAGCAACAGCUCACUACAGAAGGACCCUGUGCUCCAAGGUCCUGAUCGCGUGGCGGGAGGCAGUGUCAGUGCAGAUAUACUACCGACAGCAGGAGGGCCAGGCUGUCAGGGACGCCCAGGUGGUGCUGAAUAGGGGCUGUCUCAGGACCUGGUUUCGGCGCUGGAGGGACCGCAGCCGGAGCGCAGCCCAGCAGAGGGUCCAGAUGGAGAGGGUGGCGCAGCAUUACCGCCGGCAGCUGCUGCUGCAGGCCAUGGCCCAGUGGAAGGUGCACCAUCUGAGCUGCAUCAGGAAGAGGGUGAGGCAGACAGCAACUCUCUGA